CGCUCAUCAACAAAGAAGGACGCGACCUAAAAGACAACAGACUCGAUCGCAUUCUCCGGUCCUUUCGUCUAUCACCACAAAAUGCCCGAAGCACUCGCGACGACGAAACGCAAGUUUCACAAACUACUCGACAGCCGCUUCGGAUCUCCUUCGGCGCCAGCAGCAGCAGCAACUCCUCCUCGACCUGUAUCGCAAGGCACAAUCAGCGAACCGGCAACCAAGCGCAUUCGAUCUGGCGGUUCGACAACUUCCCUGGCAGCAAGUCUGCGCAAUAAGCCUGUACCCGCGACAUCAAUAAACCCGGUCAGAGGAGAACCAAAUUUUGCGCCUUGGUCGCAUGACGCUUUCAUCAAGCGUUUGCGCAGCUUCGGUCCCGUCACCAACUGGCAUCCCAAGCCUGACGCUAUCAAUGAGGUGCAGUGGGCCAAACGCGGAUGGUGGUGUGUCGACACGAAUACAGUCGGUUGCAAAGGGGGAUGUCAGCAGCGCGUCGCUGUCAAGGUUGAGCCCAUUGUAAAGAGACGUCGCGUCCAGGCCGAGGGAGAUGAUCAAGAGCAGGAGGAAGAGGAUGACGAAGAUGAUGAGGGUAAUCAGGAAGAGUUGGAACGGGCAUUGGUGGACAAAUACAAGGAACUCAUCAUUGAGGGACACUCGGAGGACUGUCUGUGGAGAAAGGCAGGUUGCAAGGACGACAUAUACCGCUUGCCUAUUGUCAAGUCGACCGUCUGGCAACCCGAACUACGCACACGCUAUCAAUCACUCCUACGACUCUCGCCCUUCCUAGAGAAGCUGACUUUGCAACCUGCGGAGCUCGAUCCCUCACCAAAUAAGAUUCUUGCCAACCUUCCAACAUCACUGCUUGACAAGCAAGAAGACAAGUCGAAUGGGGAGGACACCAACGAAGAGUCUGAAAUCACGGAAGAAACAAAGCACAAAGUGUUGAAGGUCGCUGUCUGCGGCUGGCACGGCUCGACGGAAUCCAGCACACAACUUCUAGCCUGUGAAGCCUGCUUCCAACGCAUCGGUCUCUGGAUGUACCAGCCCGACUACAAGCCUCACAGAUUUGGCGAUGAUGACGAUGGAGACGAAGAAGAAGACCGCUCUCUCGACCUCAUCCAACUGCAUCGCGAGCACUGCCCUUGGCGCAAUCCGAUCAUGCAAGCAGCGACCGGCAACUAUGCUGGCAAAUCCGCUCAUGCCAUUUUACUUGAUGUGUUGGAUCGCUAUAUCGAUGAGCAGAGACGCAGAUCCAGAGGCACAAUCCAAGGGCCUGUGACGGCCGGUAGCGAGGUAGAGAGUGAUGCAGGUGCGACUGAUGACGGCCGGGAGAGUCUGACUCUAGAAAGCAUGCCAUCAAUGCCUGAACUCACAAGAGCGGAGACGGAGAAGUACGACAAGGAGAGGAUGUCGAAGCUGAGACGCCUGAGGACAGUCUUGGGGUUCAAGAAAAGAGCUCCUCCUACCGCUUGAUCAAUAGGACCGAGUACCAACGACACUUAUGAAUACAUGGCUGUAGCGAAAGGCAUUUUCUGAAGUUACAAAGAUUUUCUUGCUACUGGUAUCACCCUGUCUGUGAUUUCUGCAUCUAAUAGACAGUGCACAAUAGACAUUAGACUUCUUUUGACACGUC